AUGCGCGCUCUCCGCCGCCACUCGGACGACAGCUCCAGUUCAACAUCGGGUCAGCCAAAUCUACUGCGAAGAAUACCUCAUCACACCAUGAACCAGUCUCACUCAUCAGCUUCAACAUUUAGGCGGACGAGUCUGACAACUUCGGUUGUUUCGUCUAUUCAUAGUAAGUAGGCAGGGUAAUAAUAAUAUCAUACUAUAAAGUAAUAUUAUACUGUAAAGUACAAUUAUACUACAAAGACUAUCUUAACAACCCACGAGCCAAACUAUAGUAAAAUAGGAAUGUAAAGGUUCAUAGUCCACUUUGCUGGUUUCAUUGUCUGUAAGCUGCAGAGCUACUCGAAAACCGACGUAAACCUUAUAAUCCUCUCAAUUACAUUAGUUUCGGUCAUAAAUUUUGAGUUUAUGGUCCGUUGCCCUCAGGGUUUGGCAAAAUUUGCUUUAUUCUUGAGAGGUUUAUGGGAGCGGCGAAAGGUGGUAUGUUUACGUUUUCUCGAAGGUUUGCAAGGUUGAGGUAGAUGUUAUAGAAAAAAGGCCAUUUUUCGUGUUUUAAAUGGUGCGCCACAUAGAGAAAACGACCGGUAAAGUUUUGUAACAAAACUUUUGGCGCACCGUGUAUGGACCAAAAGUAGCAGGACACUUUUUAUUUAUUUUUCAACAAAAAAGUGACCCGCUACUUUUGUUUCAGCCUAAUAUGUCACAUUUUUAAACUAACAUUGAUAUCAAAUUGUCCAAAAAAAAUGAGCCAUUCAAAAAUUUUUUUUGGAAAUUUUGGUUUAGCCGUAUUCAGACACACUGAUAUGCUUAUAACAUAUGUCAUCUUGUAAAAGUAAAAUUUUAAUCCCCUGCCCUGUUAAAAGCAAAAUUUUAAUCCCCUGCCCUGUGAUAAAAACAAAAUUUUAAGGCAACCACACCAACAGCAUAGACAAGCCCCAACGACAGCAAAACUUUGGCGGUAUGGCGCGGUUCGAGAACAUGGAAGAGGAGUUACUACGCACCAAAAAGGUACAUUAUUAGACCAACGUCUUGUCAGUUUGUAUUGUGGGAAAAUGGGAUUACAGCCCCCGAAGGGUCUUACAUUGUUUUCUUCCGCCAAAUUCGGUGUUGGUUUCGAAAAAUAGACGGUUUUGUAUAGUUAAAGCAACAUUUUUUUAUAUAUUUAGGCUUAACUGAUCAGGGAACAAAAGUUAUUUUUAGUUUUGCAUUGCUUUUUCUUUAUCUCACCCUUACAAAUGGCCUUGCCUUGCCCUACCCCUAUCAUAGCCCAAACCUAACCUUACUAUAGCCCUAUCUUAUCGCUAGUACAUUCCUAUUUUACCCCUAUUAAUCUCUACUAUCUCGUUCUAACCCACCUUACCCUACCCUUCCCCCGGCUCUUUACUAACCCUUGCCAAACCUCCCUCCUAUCGGUCCUAUUGGACCAAAUCGUCCACCAGAAGAUGACCCCACCAAUGUCUUGAUACUCCCCACCAUAACGUUAGCACAGCAUUCUUCAGUCUUUAUUUAAACCUUACUCUACUGUUCUCAACUAUUUCUCAUGUGAUUCUUUGGUGCCCGCUUUUGUACAGCCUAAUAUAUAAACGUAUGCUAGUCUGAAGCUUUUGUUCUGUACGCUCAGCUAACAAUAAACGAUUUUUAAAAUAUUUUUUUAGUGUUUCUGUCCAAAACCCAAAAUUUUUUCAAAAUUUUUAAUUAAAUUUCAAUUCCAGAGCCACGCUUUUGCAAUGAGAGAAAUAGGAAUUAUGAGGACACGGCUUAAAGUGUUGGAGAAGGAGUGCAAGAAAAAAGAUCAACAAAUCGACGAGUUGGUCAAGGACGACGUAAGUCAAGCUUUUUUUCAAAAAAUUUUUAAUUUAAAAAAAAAUUUUUCAAAAAAAAAAUUUUUAAUUUGAAAAAAAAAAUUUUUAAUUUCAAAAAAUUUUAAAAUUAAAAACUUUCAUUUCCAGCCCGGCUCAAAAUCCGAGCAAAAGCUCCGCCAGCUCUCACUAAAACGCAAAGUUAUUCAGUACGAACGUGCUUUACGUGAGAAAUCAGAAGAAGUUGCCAAACUACUAUCAGAUCGGAACGUUGCAAAAGCGGCCGAAACCCGUCAACGGAUGGAGAAGUUGGAGACGGAAUGUUCUCGAUUGAAACGACAUUUAAACGAAAGUGUGCCUGAAGCUGAUUUUUUAAAAGAGAAAGAUCAGUAUAUGGACAUUAUAGCCAAUUUAACUGAGGAGAAUAUGCAAAUGCGACAAAUUAUUGGAAAAUAUCAAAGUGAAAAGUCGGGUAGGUAAACAGGGUCGGGUACUAUAAUUUUGAGCUUUUAGAAAUGUGAUAAGCAUGAUAAGGAUAUGCUACUGUACAGUGCACUAAAGAUCUAUUUAGUUGACACGCCUAAGGGGGUAAAGGUUGUAGACAUACGGUGCCGACAUAAAGAACCCGCCAUACUCUUCCUGUAAUUUCCAGCAAAAAAUGGAGGGUUCUUUAUGUCGGCACCUAAUAUUUUAUACAAUUGUUGUUUCAGAGGAGAUUUUACGAGACGCAGAUCAUGAUUUAACAGAUGAAACACUUAUCAAAAAUUUGAAAAAUUAUGCUUUGUCUCAAAAGUAAGUUCAUAUCUACAAUUUAUUAUUCCUUUUAUCAAAACUUAAUCGAUACUUUUGAUUCAACCUAAUAAAAAAUUUAAAAAUUUCAGAGCCGGUGCCCAACAGUGCCGAAAAGCCCUAGACCGCCUGCUAAAACAACGAAAUGCGAUUCAACACAAACCAGUCGCGGCACGAAGCGUAUCAGCAGCACCAUUACGCCGAAAGAUAAUGCAAAAACGGCCGUUGGCUAAAACACAGUCAGAAGCGACGAAAGAUCGAUCAAAGUCGACCGACUUUGCACUUGGCCGAGUGUCACAACAACAAAUGAGUGCUCCUGAAUAUGGCAACGACGAGGAGGGGAAGGAAUUCAUGUUACCCACCAACUUCAAGGGAUACGCUAUGUAUCGGUAAGUCAUCUUUUGAUAGUUACCAAACGAGUAAGUUAAAACGGAUAUUUAGUGUAAAUGGGUAAUGAACUUACCCAGUUGGUUCAAUUUCAAGCCUUCGUGCCAGGACCAAAUAGAAAUUCUCGCGAAGAAAUUUUUUCGGAAAUUUUUGAUCAAGGAUAAUAUUCUCGGCGAUUACUGUUUAUUCCUUCUUGAAUUUGAAACGUAAACGUUGCCUAUACCUUCUAAAAUACGGUCAUUUUGCUCCAGUUUAUAAAUUUUGGUAAAAUUCUGUGUUUUAUAUUGUUUUAGAAAAGUUUUUGCUAAAAUUCUGAGAAUUCUUGGCUUCAAGCUAAAACAAUAUCGGAAGUGGAUUGGUAAGUGGUUUCUUUAAAGCAUUUUGGUUGUUUUAGAGUUGACAUGGAUUAUUCUAACAAAACGUGGACGUUUCAUUGGCUUUUUGAAGGGUUUUUGCCAAGUUUAGGACCUUAAUGUUGUUUUAGUUGGAUCUUUGGGUAAAAGUCGAAACCUUGGGUUUGUUUUGGAGCUAAAACCAGAAAAAAUUGUCGCGAAAGUUAAUAACCAAAGCUUUCACAAGUAUUACGAAGAAUUUUAGUCUAAAAAUCAAGCGAAAACUGAAAAGUUCAGCGUGCUUCAACCUAAAGUAAUAUCGAUGUGCUAAAACUUUUGAAUAACGGUCAACAAGCCAAUGAAACGUUAAAGUUAGUUAGAAUAACUAUUCUCUGACCUAAAAACAAAAAUAUUAUAAAGAAACCACUUACGAAUGCACUUUCAACAUUGUUUUAGCUUGAAUCAAGCAAAAGCUAUCAAAAUAUUGUUGAAAAUUCAAUUAAAACAAUAUAAAAGUGGAGAUUUUGUUAAGACCUGGGAAAUUGAGAAAGGUAACAGCCUUUUAUAAUGUAUACACAACAUUUAUAUUAGGAAUUCAAAGAGGAAUAAGGCAAAAUCGUCGAGAACAUUAUCCAUGAUCGAAAAUUUUCGUUUUUUGCGAUAACUUUGAUUUUGUUCUGCCGCGAUGGUUUGGAGGUUUGGAAUUGAAGCAGCUGCUUUGUUGGUGUGCUGAAGGUCUAGACUAGUUCCUAGAAGUACGACUUUUAUUAUUUUUUGUAAUUUUUCAGUUUUAGAAACGCCAUAGACUCUGAAGACAGUUCGAUCGAUGAAGAAGAGCCGGAUCAAGAUCAGAACGCCCAAAACGGAACGAUAAAGUGAGUGUUCCAGCUUUAAUUUCAAUAAAAUUUAGUUAAGUUAUAUGGAAUCGGAACCGAGUAGCGGCUCCGACCUUCCCCAAGAGUUGUACGACGCCAAAGGGCGGAUCUAUUUGCUGGAGAUGGAUGAGGUGCACGGUGAUGGUGUAACCACCGACUACAUGCACGACUUGCCUGAUUCGGACGGUCAAUUGACGACGGAGGAUAGUGUGGAUGAUGGUGAUGAUGUGACGUUGGUGGGAUUUAAGAAAGAUGACAAUGAUGUUGUUAGUGGGAGGAAUGAUGAGAGGUUGGAGGAAGUGAGGAACCGGUUAGAGAUCAUAGAGAUUGAAUCAGAUGGACCCACACAAACUGGAGUGAUGGAGAGCUGGUUUCAGAAUGCGGAUGUUACGGUAGGUGGGGACAUGGGCUAGGUCUGUAGGGCCUGAUAAGUCUAGAGUACUGUAAGAUAGAAUAUGGUAGGGUAGGGUAGAGUAAGGUAGGGUAGGAUAGGGUAAGGUCCUAUAGGGUAGAGUAAGCUAAGGUAGGUUCAGAUAGAGUAGGGUAGUAUACUGUAAAGUAUUAUAAUGUAAGGGGCUUUAAGUGCAGUGUACUGUAGGUUACGGUAUGGUAGGGCAAGAUACUAAAGUAUAUGUACAAUGGCGUAGAACAGAAAAGGCUAGGGUAAUAUUCUGUUCUUUUAGGCAAAACUUAUAAUUUUAGGAGCACAAGAAAGAAUCAGCGGUGACAGCCUUUGUCCGCGCUGUCAAGUGUCAUGUGUUGCGACAGAAAAUGGCCAAUGUUCGAAAAUGA